AUGGCUCCUAUCUCAAGAUUCACGGCUGCUUUGGCUCUGGCAUAUGGCUUCUGCGGAACCCUCACAGCUGCCCACCCGGGCGAGGAGCAGCAUGAUAUCAAGCACAUUGCUCGACAGAUGAAGCGGACGGCGGCCAUCGCAGACUACCAAGCAGCGCAGAUGAAUGCCUGUGUGGACAGCGAGCAUGUCAAGGCGCUCCAGGAGCGGGCGAUAAAGCGUCGCGCAGCUAUUACAGAGCAGCUUCGUGAGGAGCGCGGUCUUCAAGACACACCCAUCUUCGACAAGCGGAAUCUCCAGGACUUCAAGACCUGGGCUCAGACACAGCACAACAAGACAGGCUCCGCACUCAAGCCUGGAGCCUCUCUAGAAGCGCUCUUCGGCGCCAACCCAACCUGCAUUCUCGCCCCAGACAAUGCCAACGGGCCAUACUUCGUAAAGGGCGAGCAAAUUCGGUCCAACAACGUCGAUGGCCAGAAGGGAGUGCCAAUGCAUCUUGAGAUUCAGUUCAUUGAUGUUAAGACCUGCAAGCCAGCACCUGAAAUCCUCGUUGAUAUCUGGGCCUGCAACGCCACCGGCAUCUAUAGCGGUGUCAGCGCACAAGGCCAAGGUGGCUUAAACAGUGCUUUCUUGCGUAGUGUCCAGAAGACCGACGCUGAUGGUGUCGUGCAAUUCGAUACCAAUUUCCCAGGUCAUUACGGUGGACGUGCUACUCACGAGCACAUCAUCACCCACGUUGGCGCCAAGGUUGAGGCCAACGGCAGCUAUACUGGGGGCACAAUCAACCAUCUCUCCCAGCUGUUCUUCGAACAGGCUCUUAUCAACGCCGUCGAGAAGACCGCCCCAUACAACACCAACAGAAUCCAGAUGACCCAGAACGACGCCGACAUGUUCACCGGAUAUGCCGCCACCAAAGCCUAUGAUCCAUUCCCAAGCUACACAUAUCUUGGCAGCCAGAUCGAACAGGGAAUCUUCGCAUGGGCACUUCUCGGUAUCGAUCUCAAUGCCAACGUUGAGCAAUACGCAACAAACACCGCAUAUGUUGAUGCUACGGGAGGACACAACAACCCCAGCUUCAACAUGGGAAUUGUGGCCACCCCACCAAGCACCCACGGAAAGAGAGAGGGGGAAGAGGAAGAGGAGGUCCUUGACGCCGAGUAA